AGGAGGAGACGGAUACUCAGGGCUGCGACACUAACUCGAGCCCGCUGCAAGAGAGUAGCAACGAAAGUUUGACAGAGAGUGACUGCCUGUUGGAUAAUUUUAAGAAUGAGCAAUGGUGUACGGAGAACGAUGAAAACUCGAUGGAGGCUGAAGACGAGUGCACCUGUGAGCUGGUAUGCAAGCAGGUGGUGUCAAAAAUAGCCGAUAAAUGUUCCUCAUCGACAAUGCUGGAAUUGCGAAGUAUUGAGGAGCGAGCCAAUAAAUUGUGGGAAGCGCUAAACGCGAAUGUGCGCAACAAUACGUGCUCGAAAAUGCCCAACUGGUGGGAUCUGAAGACUUGGCAGAAGCUGCCAUUCUACUGGGCAGCAUUGUCCAAUGACAUACUCUGCGAGGACCCCUUCGAGAAUUUCAAGCGCUUCUACAUGGGCAGCAAGAAGUCCAACAAACGCAGCGCCAAGCGUCAGAUGGAGCGUAUGCUCAUUCUAUGGCACCGACUGUGCCCCAAGCAGCGCUUGCCAUUCAUCAUGGAGGCUUUCAUCAGCAAGGUGGGUGCUGGGAAGGUGAACAUCAGCGAUGAGCACGAAAUUCAACGCAUCAUCUGUGAGCUGCAGAACAAAUGAGCAGUGAGACACCUCUUCCUCCUCCUCUUUACUGUAUAUCUUUGUGUAGCGCUCUAUGUGUGUGUGUGUGUGUGUGUUGUCCAAAUAUUUUAAUUUAAAUCGAAGAAGUGCAUGCGGGUAUUCUAAAUAAAUAUGUGCAUUUAUGUGAUGUGUAGAAAUAAAGCGAGUAUUUUUUUUUUUUAUAAA